AUGGCCCAAGCAUCGUCGAGCUCAGGACCGCUGUAUCCCGUCAACGGGUUUGACGUGGCUGCGCUGACGGGCGCUACCGUCGUUAUUCCCGCCGUGUCCCUCGGCAACGUCCCGCAACUGACCGCCGACCUGCUCGUUGCGUCCCUUGGCCUGCGCCGCGUUGCCUUCCUCGGCCGCGGCGACACCGUCGCGCCCUUUGCCGGCCGUGGCGAGGAUGGGGUCGUGACUGGCGGCCUGGAGUUGUACGGCAACGACGGCAAGGUGUUUGUUCUCAUGCAGCGUGCGCCGACUCUGAAGUCCAAGAAGGACGCGCACAUUGAGCUCAUUGCGUCCUUGGUCAAGACAUACCGUGUCGGCCUCGCGCUCGUCCUCGCGUCGCUGGACGCGGCCAACCAGGACGACGCUCAGCUCCUCACGCCGCACCAGGCCGUCCUGCCCCCCGGCGCAGCCACCAACCCCGUGCUCGAGCGCCUCGCGCACCUCCCAGCCCUCAAGCUCACCCUCGAGACGACCCCGCCCCACCACGCCCCACACCCCUCGUUGUCGUCGUUGGCGCGCCCGCGCGCCGCGUCCACAGUGUAUCCGCCCUUCCUGCCCGGCGCGGGCCUCACGCGCCGCGUGCUGGGCGCGCUGGCCGACACGGCCGUCCCCAGCGGCGCGGUGACGGCGUGGGUCGUCGAGGGAGACAACAGGGGCGACGCGCAUGCGCUCGCGGGCGUGGCGCUCCAGAUCCUCGGUGUCGAGACGGAGAUUGUCGAGCCGGCGUCGUGGGCGGGCCUGUUUGGUCCUGGCCAGGGAUGGAGUGGUGGGUCCAGCAUGGACGCGGAGAUCUACGGGUGA